AUGCUCACGAUUGAAUCGUUUGAAGUUUAUGUCGAUCCAAUCCAGGAAAUGAUUGAAGAUUUACUACUCCCAACUAUUUUCGGUCAAUCAGAGCCUCUCCCUAACGAGGUGCGCAGACUUGCUACCCUAGCAACAGGUCAAGGGGGUCUAGGCAUUCCUGAUCUGAAAUCCGAGGCACCGCAGCAGUUUGCUGCCUCGAGACUAAUAACCACCGCGCACGUAGAUUCUAUUACUUCACAGAGUUCCAUCAUGGUGUCAGGAGAAAGAUCUACGGAGGAGCUAAAGAGGCAUCAACAAUCACUUAAGAGAGCAAGUGCCAAAGUGAAAAUGGAUAGCAUUGAUUCAAGCCUCUCCCUAGGCCUGCUACGUCUGGUUAAUCAAUCGAGAGACAAGGGCGCAAGUUCUUGGCUGAAUGCGAUGCCUCUCGCAGACAAAGAUUUAGCCCUCAACAAGCAAGAAUUCAGAGACUCGCUACGCUUGCGUUAUGACUUGCCCUUAGUCGAUUUACCAAGUCAUUGCAUAUGUGGGGAUAAAUUCACCGUUAGUCACGCCCUCUCUUGUAAAAAGGGGGGGUUUGUAGCGCAGAGACAUGACGGUGUACGGAACUUGUUAAUGACAUUCAUCGACAAGAUCUGCAAUAAUGUCGAAAUCGAACCACGCCUCCAGCCCCUGGACAACGAGCGAUUUCAUUUGAGGAGCGCUGUUACAAGUUCUGAGGCAAAAUUAGACAUCAAAGCGGGAGGUUUCUGGGCAAGAGGAGUUACGGCAUUUUUUGAUGUUAGAGUUACGCACGUCAACUCCAAGUGUUACCAGAGCAAGCCAACAUCGGAAGUGUUCAAGGAGCAAGAAGAAGAGAAGAAGCGCAAGUACCAGCAGCGGGUUUAG